AGAAACCGGGGUACCUAGGGAGACAUCACAUCGGCCACAGUCUAUCUGCUAUAAAUACUCUAUCAAAUGCCUCAGUCAAAUUGAUACAUCCUCUUUAUCUUGCAACUCCGAAUCUUUUUCUACAGUGACGUUACCAAACAAACAUGCCCGAAUCCAAUGUCAGCCUGGUUGGCAAAAACUACUUUCUCUGCGGUCCCUAUGGACGAAACCUAAGUGGUGCUUCGGAUAGAGAGUUCGCCAAAGCGUUCCAGCACCCUCCAGGAGUUCAUCAUGCUUUUGUAGCGAUUGGCGAAGACGAUUGCUACUUCACCAAGUAUUACAACGAGAGAACUGAACGAUUCACAUGGUCUUGGUCCUUAUCCAGUUAUGGUGGCCUCGACAGAGCACUCGACUCUCUCGAUGGUGACACCCCCGAGUUCGUGUCCCUCGGGAGUGACGGUUACUACUUCAUGCGCACCAGAAGCGGCCGAAUCUUUUGGAAUCUUCCAGAUGCAGCUGAUGAGUUUGUCGAGAACACAGACCCAGAUGACGACGGCGUCAAGUACGUCUGGCUGGGAACUGAAGGCUCGUACGUGGCCCAAAAGGAAUCUGGACAUAGACAAUGGAACCUCCGUGGUAACUACGGGAGUCUAGAGCAGUCUAUCAGGACUAUGCCCAGGAUUCGGACCCUGGGUUUGAACCUUGAGAAUGACCGGUCUUACUUUGUGGUGUUUGAUGAUGGGUCGGUUAUGUGCAAUCCUGUCGUUUUGGCUUCACUCAUUGUCGUCAUGGAAGCUUCAAGUGCCACUCGUCGCCGCUUGGUAAUCCCAUCCGCUAACGACUGGGACCACUAUCGUGAGACGAUAACUGACUUAUACAUCAAGCGGAACAUGUCAUUGGCAAGACUUAUGUCGCACAUGCUUCUGGAAUAUGGAUUCAAAGCUACUGAGAAGAUGUAUAAGCUGCGAUUUACUGAGUGGAACCUCAAGAAGAACAUGACAAGGGGUCGCAGUGUAGCAUGCAUACGCAGCACUGAAACCAUCACAACGAAUGUCGACAAACUCAAAGAAUAUUAUCGUAGGCAACCAGAGAACAAGCGUCGAGAAAUUCUAGAAACUCUUCUGCAACCACUGAUCGGCGAGGUGCCAAUCGACAGUACUGCCCCACCAAUGUCACUUACACCACCAGUCGAUCUCCUUACCCAAGAAUAUCGCUUCUAUCUGCUCAAUACCUACGUGAGAGGGUCGUCAGAGCACAAUCUGUGGCCUAGAGACGCCAAGAGCGGUUUCAAGAACGAGGACAAUGUUCCAGCUUGGUGUAGUUCUGUCAUGUCAGCGUCCUUGGCUUUAAGAGAAGAAAAGCAGGGUGAAGCAAUCAGAUUCCUACAGCACUUCAUUAAGCAGUCCCAUGAACAGCUCACGCGUCAAGACCCAUUGAUAUUCACCUUCGUAUACACCUCGGUUCUAUUCUUCGCUACAAAUCGGCCGGGCGUGGCUCAAUGGCUUCUGAACUCUCUUUACAAUGUCUCAGAGGAUCUUCCUUGGGCCGGCUCUUCACACCCACUUCGUCUGCUACUCCAAGUCAUGCUGCAGCUUGGGCCAACGGGUAUCGUGGCUCAUGCCAAGUCGACUAUUCUUGCAUACAUCAACAUGAUCUACGAAGCUCUCGGCAAAGUUUACCCAAUCAUACAAGACAUGAUGUCUGACACUAUCUGGCGACUUCUCCGUUACAAACUCAUGAGUCCCGAAGAAGUUGCCAAUAUGGGCCGUGGACUUGUAUUGGCUGCAGAGUUACAAAACCAACAUCGAUGCAAGGAUCAUAUCAAUCUCAAGAUGCAACUGGCAGAUGCAUAUUUGGGAUCGGGAAAGUACAAUGAAGCGCGUAGAACGGCAGAAGAGAUCAAAGACGUUGAGUACAAGAGCGAGAGGAUGAUGCCAUCGCUGCAUAUGCUGUUCUCAAGGAUCGAUGAAGCGGAAAAGGGGGCAGAUGGUGCUAUUGAGUCAGCACUGAGAUCUGUGGUGACGAGUAUGGAGGUAUUUGGAAAAUGGUCCGACUGGACUGUGAACUCGUUGGAUUUCUACUGCAAAGUUCUCAAGCGUGCUGGGAGGGUUGAAGAGGCCAGCAGAGUGGUUCAAGAUCGUGACUUGGCGAUUGAGAAGUUGUGUGACAAGUUGGAGGAUUCUGGCAUUACAGUCUCGGACUGAAAAUACUGGAGAGUUGCUGGAUACCUAUAGACCCUGUGUUAUUAUAAGGAACUCGGUGGCCAUUAUUAGCAUGAAGUAUUAAUAUGCAAAGGCCGAGCCACUGCAAGUUCUAUCCAAAGAGAAUACCUUAAAGCCCAUAGACCAAUACAGGCCUCGGUGUCGUAUACCCACCUGAUCUAUGAUAUAACCAACAAAGAGCAAACCCGUCCCUAACGACGGAUAGCUUGGUGCCGAAUAGCACGAUGGAAGAGUGAUGUGUGUCAUACACUAGACAAACGGUUCGAUGUUGUUAGUGGUUUCAGUUUCAGUCUAUUCUAAAGUUAUCUCAACUGAAGCACAUUCAAGGACUCCUG